UCCAAGAUCACAGCCUCACGCAAACUCUUGUUGAAGAGUUUGAUGCUGGCAAAAGCGAAGGAGGAGUGGGAGCAGGAGAUCGUGGACAAGCAGUCAGAGAAGGAAAGAUACCUGUCUGAGCGGAUCGCACCGCUGCACACCAGUGGGCUUUCCCUGAGCCAACUCCAGGACCUAUGCAGGGAGCUGCACGAGAAGGUUGAAAUUGUGGAUGAAGAGAGAUAUGACAUUGAAGCGAAAUGCAACCAUAACACUCGGGAGAUUAAAGAUCUGAAAAUCAAAGUGCUUGAUCUCCGAGGAAAGUUCAAGCGACCCCCGCUGCGGCGAGUCCGUGUCUCCGCCGAUGCCAUGCUGAGGGCUCUGCUGGGCUCCAAGCACAAGGUGUCCAUGGAUCUGAGAGCCAACCUCAAGUCUGUCAAGAAGGAGGACACGGAGAAGGAGCGCCCCGUGGAAGUGGGCGACUGGCGCAAGAACGUGGAGGCCAUGUCAGGGAUGGAGGGGCGAAAGAAGAUGUUCGACGCUGCCAAGUCCCCCACGGGCCAGUGAGAGGAGCAUCAGGAAGAAGACCCUCCCCACCCCUGCUGCCUGCCUCCCUUUCCCUUGCUGCCCCUCCGUGCUCUUUACGCCCUUACCCUGAAUUCACCACGGAGCUGAAACACGUGGACAACUGUGUGGGAAGGAGAUUUGAGAUUCUUUCUUUCAGCAUUGCC